AUGAAAAUACUCCUAUCAUCAGAUGAAGUUAACUUUAUUGUUUAUCGCUAUUUAGUAGAGAACGGAUUUAUCCAUGCUGCCUACGCUUUUUUUAAUGAAGCAAAUUUAUCCAAGAAUUCGUACUAUAUAAGUCAUGAUGGAAAGCUGCCAUGCCAUGCUCUGGUAACCUUUAUGCAGAAGGCACUGGUAUUUAUAUUUAUAGAGUACCAUACCGAAUGUAACAAUGCGAGAAUUUCCUGUAAGGAACCCUUUUCCCUUUUUAGAAGACAUGAAUGUUGUCCUGACGAGAAGGAUUUAGCUGAGGAACAGGAAAACAAAAUAGAAAUUCGGGAGAAUGAGAAAAGCACGAGCAAUAAUUUAAACAUAUGCACCUCGUGUAGAAAACCUUUUGGCAAUAAUAAUAUCAUUAAAAGUUAUUUGCCCAACUCUUUCAGCUGUAGUGACUUGAAUAGUGAUCCUUGCAUUAACAAUGUUAAUGACAAUGGCCCCAGUGGUGCUAAUGCUAAGAAUAACCCUGUUAGCAAGGGAGAUGGGGGUAAAGCUGACAAUGAGGAGGAAAACGGGAAAGCCAACCAGGAUAGCAACAAAACUGUUAAUCAGGUUAGUAACGGGAAUGGUAAAAACGCAAAUAACGACAUUAUCCAUAAAACAAAUGAUAGUGAUGGAGCCAAGGCGAAAACGAACUCGAAGGGCAGCAUUUACAAGAGCAGCUUUUCAAACUUUGCCUCGUUAAACUAUAACGACAGCAAUAUAUCUUUUAAGGAUAUCAAGAGGAAUUACGCGAACAUUUUCGCGCAAGGAAAAAAGUCCAAGAAAAGCUCUUCAAGUAAUAAGAAUAAUAACAGUAACAGCAGCGGCAGUAAUAAUGUCAGUAACAGCAAGAGUGAGGCUUCCAGCGGCAAUAACAACAAUGUCGGGGGAAGUAAUAAAAAAAAGGAUACCAUCGUUAGUAGCAGUAAGAACAGCAGUGGAAAAAAUAACGUGAGUAGCAAUAACAGAGAGGAGAAGGAAUCCAACAUGAAGGACGAACCGGAUGAUAUCAGCAGUAGUGGCAAUCAACGUAGGUCGUCCAAAAUUAUGAAAAUUGUAAGUAAAUCCAGUAAGGCGAAUGAAGCUGAGAACGGCAAAUGUAACAACAUCAGUGAUAGCAUCCUUUCUGAUGAUAAAAGAAAAGAUAAUAACCACGUAUCCAAUAUGAAGAAGGAUAAGCUGGAGCCUACUAAGCACAAUACUGCAAAGAAAUACCAUAACUUAAAUAACAACAUGAAAAAGAAUAAUGCAAACACAUCAAGUGGAAAAGGAACAAGUUUGAGCAAUAAUAACAAAAAUAGCAAUGGGAAGAAAAAGGAGUUAAAUGGUGGGAACGCAGGUCAAAAUAGCAAUUCAUCAAAUAAGAAAAAGAAAAAAAUGAAAAAAAAGAAAAAAGAAAGUACACCCAGCAAUUCAACAAAUAAUAGCAAGAAAACGAUAAAAAAUUCGCUAAAAAAAGACAAAAAAGAAAAGGGUAAUAAGAGCAUCACAUCAAAACAGAAAAGAAGUAACAGACAGAACGAGGAUAACGAGGACGAUGAGGAUGAUGAUGAAGUGUCUGAUGAAAACUCAGAAGAGGAUUCCGAAUUUUCCAAUGACAGUCAAGAUUAUAAUAAUAAAAACGUUUGCAAAGCCCCUUUGGAGGACAGUACCAAUAAUUCUGCGCAAACGAGGGAUAAUCCCUCAAGCAGUUCUAUUAACAAUAACGCGACAGUGGAGGAUAAAACGAAUGACUGUACGUAUGUCAAUUUUAAGAAGAGUAGAAAUACGAAUCUCAUUUCGAAUAGUUCUUCACAGAAUUCUACUAUCGAUGGGGUUAAAAGUGAAAUGAAUAAUUCGCAUAUAACGCAUUACGAUGGAUGUCCUGAUAAUGCUUGUAAUGGAAAUAUACAGGAAGAAGCAUUAGCAAGCGAAAAAUAUUUGAAUGGGAAUCAUUCAAAGGACGCAGCUAUGCUAAAGGGAGAGUGUGAACCCCCCGAGAUGGAAGCAAAAGAAGGGAAUAACUCAAAUAAAAAUCAAUUUAAUUUCAGUUUUGCAAGUUUUUUGAAUAAGAAAAUAAGUUCUAUUUUUAAUGACAGCUGUGAUAAUCAUGGCUUAAAUGGGGACAAUCAUAAUAAGGAUAGCAAUAACGAAAGUUGCAAGGGUAAUAGCAACGACAGCACUGUGAAGGAUGGCUCGAACAACGAACAGGUGCUGCCGCAGGAUGCACAAGAUCCUCCACCAAGUGAGGCCUACAAGAGCGUCAGCAGUAGUAAGGACCGGUACAACAAAUUUAGCCAAAAGAGCAAGCUGAUAAAGGAUGAAUAUAUCGAGGCUAAAUACGAAAAGGAACAUCUCCCAAGAGAACAAACGAACGGGACGGAAAAGACGGAAGAGGCAGCAGGGGAGGGCGGGGCACCUGCGAGGAAACAAAAAAGACUAUACGAUAACAGUAGUGCUAUGAAAGUGGAAGGGGGAGGGGAUUCACACCAAAUGGAAGAACACGAAAAUGAUAAAAUAUGUGUAGAGGAAAAAAAAAGGAAGAAGUCUUCCAUUUAUGAAGAAAAUUAUAAAAACGAAAUGAACAAAGAAUUUUUUAAAAAACUAACGCAGACAUCGCCAAUUAAGGAGGAUAACCAAUCUAGAGCGAAUGGUUCGGUUGAUAGGAAGGAGGAAAAGGAAGAUGAACUUAGUCGGGGAGUAGAACAACAGGGAGUGCAUAGUGAAUUGGGAAGAGCCGAAAGUCGUGACCUGCAACACCCUGGGGGAUAA